CAACGACAUCCAAAUCAUCAAACACUAUGACAAAACCGAUAUUCACUUUGGCGGAGGGGCAACCCGUUCCCGACCCUGCUGUGAGCAUGACCCUUCCCACUAUCGGUGGAGGAGGGCUGGUCACCCUUGGGGACACUCUGCUCCUGGAAACCCUAGCCCACUUUAAUCGAGAGCGAAUCCCGGAGAGAGUCGUUCACGCGAAGGCUGCUGGGGCUUGGGGUGAGUUCGAGGUGACGAAUGAUAUCUCUCACCUCACGACUGCCAAAUUUCUCAAUGGCAUUGGGAAGAAAACCCCGUUGCUCUUCAGGCUUAGUACCACUGGAGGUGAAAAGGGCAGUGCGGAUACUGUCCGAGACGUUCGCGGCUUUUCCGUCAAGUUUUAUACUGAAGAAGGAAACCAUGAUAUCGUGGGAAACCAUAUUCCCGUAUUCUUCGUUCGAGACCCCGUGAGAUUUCCGUCGUUGAAUCGGAGCCACAAGAAACACCCAUCCACUAACCAGGUGGAUAUGAACAUGUUUUGGGACUUUCAUACCAACCAGCCAGAAAGUGUGCAUGCGCUGAUGCAUCUAUUUGGGUCCCGGGGGCUGCCUGCAUCCGUUCGGCGGGUUACUGGCUUUGGAGUUCACACGUUUAAGCUUAUCGCCCCUGAUGGAUCGUGGAAUUACUGCAAGUUCCAUUUCCGCCCCGAACAGGGCGUCUCCAACCUCUCGCCCCGUGAGGCCCAGCUCCUUGCCGGCUCGAAUGGCGACUUUCACAACAUGGACCUCUGGAAUGCCAUCCAACGAGGCGAUUUUCCAACCUGGAAGCUCUACAUUCAGGUUAUGCAGCCAAACCAGGCCAAGCUGUACGGCUUGACAGUGUUUGAUAUCACCAAGGUCUGGCCCCAUAAGGAGUUUCCACUGAUCGAAGUCGGGAGAAUGACCCUGAACAAAAAUCCCGGCAACUAUUUCGCAGAAAUUGAACAGGCCGCCUUCUCCCCAUCUAAUAUGGUGCCUGGCAUCGCGGCAUCCCCUGAUCCCAUGCUUCAGGCUCGCAUGUUCGCUUAUCCAGAUGCCCAACGAUAUCGUCUUGGGACAAAUUAUACGCACCUCCCACCUAACAGGCCCAUAGUGCCUGUCUAUACCCCCUAUGAGCGAGAUGGCGCCGCGACAAUAACGGCAAACUACGGGGGCGAACCGAGCUACGUGAGGAGCACACUCACACCCGGCGUACAAAGCCAGACUGUGCAACAAGUGCGUCACACAGAGUGGCUCGGAGCAGGCGGCGUGCUGGGACUGAAUGAAAUUGCCGUCACCGAAGACGACUUUUUGCAGCCGAGGGAUCUGUGGAAGCGGGUUUUUGACCACUCCGAACGGCAAGUUUUCGUCGCCAAUGUCUCCGACUCCCUGGCGGGUGUAUUGCCAAACCUGAAAGAGGACGUCAUUGGCAUGUUUAGCAAAGUAGAUCCUGAGAUUGGACAGCUGAUAAGGGCCAAAUUGUCCAACACCGCUCGACUUUGAGAGAUUUUCUUUGGCCUUUUAAGGGUCCGGGUGUAUUUAACGAUCUUUAUAUGUAUGGUUAUACAUUGACUUGGGUAAUUUGGUAUUUUGAACCGGUAUCAU